AUGGCACAACCUGACCUUACAUCGCAUCACGUCAACUACCUAAUAUGGAGGUACCUCCAGGAGUCAGGUCAUGGCGAAGCUGCUGUAUCACUGCAGCGUGCGUGGUAUCCGGAACCACAGAAUCUACCAUUUGCGCGCCACAUCCAGACUCACGCGCUGGUGUCGUUGGUCCAAAAGGGCCUGCAAUAUCAUGAAUUGGAGUCAUCAAUUGACAAGGAGGGAAAUCACUCGCGCGACCGCGUAACUAAUGGACAUGCACCGGAGGCUCCCGGCAUGAAGCGCAAAGGCGAAACGAAUGGCGACUCCAUGGAAGUGGACGCCGAGAUCGAAAGCAAGUCGGGUUCUCCUAUGCCGGAUGUGGAUGGGGACGGGGAUGUGAGUAUGGGGGCCGAUGAGGUGCCUCAGGAACCCACACUCAGCACGGGCGACAACGCCAGCGUCCAGAUCUCCCCCGCCAAGGCUGCCGAUUUGACACCCGACACCGCCUGUCUGGAUCUAGAAGAUCACGUGAUCGAUACCGUUUGGCGACCUGGCGACCCGACAGUGUUUGUGACCAGAGGAGAGGCCUUUUGCAGCCUGUGGAAAUUGUCAUCAUCAUCAGCGCCUGUACAGAAUAAGUUUGUUGACCUCAAGGCCAGCGAAUCGUAUGUAUCCGCUGUUGCAUGGGAUGGCAUCGGCACCAAAUUGGCCGUGGCCUCGAUUCGGGACAUGAAGGGAGCGGUUACCAUGUAUAACGCCGAGGGCAACGUGGUAGAUAUGCUUCCAGAUCUUCCUCGAAUUAUCAGUGGAUUGUACUGGGCGCAGAAUAGCCCCCAGCUGGUGAUUGUUGCAUCGAACGAAAAAGACUGCGAACUGGCACUCUGGGACGACACCCAACGACCCGAUCAGUACCAAACUAUGGUCAUCAAGAACCGAAUCUAUGACAUGGUAUGGACUGGCCGAAAUGAAAUCUUUGCGUGUGGUGAUGGGACGGUCUACCAAUGUAGUGUGGACCGGAACAUUCACUUAAUCAAGGAGUAUUCGUCCGACAGCCAGACCGCAUGGACUUUCAUUCGUUCUAUUGAAACAAGCCAGGGCUCUGUUGUAGUUGUGGCAGGAUACGAAAGCGCGGCAGACUCUGAAGCUGCCGUCAUCUGGAUCCCAACCCACGAUAUUGUCAUUGAUAAUGCACACAAGCAGGCGAUCACGGCUAUUGACAUCCGGCCUCAGUCACCUGCACAGCGACGAAACUCUUCGAUCACAGGGAAAUACUCAAUCGCUAUUGUUACAUAUUCAGAAGAUGGCACCACCAACGGAUGGGAUGUAGAUCUGGAACAGAAGGAGUUUCAGCCACUUGACCGAUUCCACCUGGAUUCCAACAUUCCCACUUUUGCGGGUGGUUUCUCACCCGAUGGGUACGCUCUUGCGGCAGUCAGCAAAGAUCGACUCUUUAUCUGGAAUGCCGAGCGCGGCGGGGAUCCCAUGGCUACCUGGACUGCUCCAGGUUCAAAAGAGGUCAAGGAAGAAGCCGAUGCCCCAACAAACGGUCAGAAUGGUCAUACUACGCGAACCGACUGCACUCUAUCAUGGGAUACCGAUGGGAAAAAGCUUGCAUAUGGGUUUGGAAAUAAGAUGGCUAUCGUUAAUCUCCAGCGGUGA